AUGACCAGCCUGCUCCAGGGCCCAGGCAUGCAUCUGAGAUGGGACUCUGACAGCACAGUUGGUGAGUUUGAUGGGCACUCAAAGAGGGUUCUGAGCUGUGACUUCAAGCCAACACGUCCAUUUCACAUUGUGACAUGCGGUGAAGAUUUUCUGGCUAACUUUUAUGAAGGACCACCAUUCAAAUUCAAGCAUUCCAUAAGGGAUCACUCGAAUUUUGUUAACUGUAUCCGGUAUGCUCCUGAUGGUAGUAAGUUUAUCACUGUGAGUUCUGAUAAGAAGGGUUUGAUAUAUGAUGGUAAAACUGGAGAAAAAAUAGGAGAGCUUUCCACUGAAGGCGGACACACAGGGAGCAUAUAUGCUGUUAGCUGGAAUCCUGACAGUAAACAGGUUCUAACAGUUUCUGCUGAUAAAUAUGCGAAAGUAUGGGAUAUCUUUGAAGAUGCAAGUGGGAAAUUGAAUCGAACUUUGGUUUGCCCUGGUAUAGGAGGUGUGGAUGAUAUGCUUGUUGGUUGUCUCUGGCAGAAUGAUCAUCUCGUGAUAGUCUCUCUUGGUGGGACAUUUAAUGUGUUCUCUGCAAGCAACCCAGACCAAGAACCAGUUACAUUUGCAGGACAUUUGAAGACUGUUAGAUCUUUGGUCUUCUUUCCUCAAAGUAGCCCAAGAACUAUACUAUCUACUAGCUAUGAUGGUGUCAUCAUGAGGUGGAUAUUGGGUGUUGGAUUUGGUGGGAGACUGAUGCGCAAAAACAACACUCAAAUAAAAUGCUUUGCUGCAGUAGAAGAAGAGCUUGUUACCUCAGGUUAUGAUAAUAAGGUAAGAAAAAUCAACAGGUUGCCCAUACUACUUAUUAAGGCUCUAAGGGUAGCCUGCCUUUUCUCGUUCUGCCAUCCGUGA